AUGGCGCUCCGGGGGUCCCCGCGCGCCCCGAAGGGCCCCGGCCCCGCCGCCCGAGCCCCGAGCCCAGGGGUGCCGCCGCCGCCGCCGCCGCGCUCGCCGCGCUCGCGGCCGCUCCUGCUGCUGCUGCUGUUGCUGGCCGCCUGCGGGGCGGCGGGGCGCUCUCCGGAGCCCGGGCGCCUGGGUCCCCGCGCCUGGCUGACCCGGGCGCCGCCGAACCCGCGUGCUGGGCGCGCGCUGCCCGGCGGUGGCGAGGAUCGGCGGGCGCGCGACGAGGAGCCCGGUACCCCGGGUCCCGGUCAGUCUCCGGGUCCCGGCGAGGACGGCGCCCCUGCCGCGGGCCAGGGGCGCUGGGCGCGGGCAGCGCCGAUGGCCGGAGCGGCUUCGCGGGCGCAAGUCUCGCUCAUCAGCACGUCGUUUGUGCUCAAGGGGGACGCGACGCACAAUCAGGCGAUGGUGCACUGGACGGGCGAGAACAGCAGUGUGAUCUUGAUCCUGACCAAGUAUUACCACGCAGACAUGGGGAAGGUUCUGGAAAGUUCUCUGUGGCGGUCGUCGGACUUCGGCACGUCCUACACCAAGCUCACCCUCCAGCCUGGCGUCACCACCGUCAUCGACAACUUCUACAUCUGCCCGACCAACAAGAGAAAGAUCAUCCUCGUGAGCUCCUCACUCAGCGACCGGGACCAGAGCCUGUUCCUCAGUGCCGACGAGGGUGCCACCUUCCAGAAGCAGCUUGUCCCCUUCUCCGUGGAGACACUCCUCUUCCACCCCCGGGAGGAGGACAAGGUGCUGGCCUACACCAAGGAGGGCAAGCUCUACGCGUCGUCCGACCUGGGGAGGAAGUGGACCCUUCUGCAGGAGCGAGUGACCAAAGACCACGUGUUCUGGGCUGUGUCUGGGGUGGAUGCUGACCCUGACUUGGUCCACGUGGAGGCCCAGGACCUUGGAGGAGGUUUUCGCUACAUCACCUGCCAGAUCCACAACUGCUCGGAUAACACGCAGACGAUGCCCUUCGCGGGUCUCAUCGACCAUGGCUCUCUGACCGUGCAGGAUGAUUACGUGUUCGUUAAGGCAACCACAACAAACCAGACCAAAUACUACAUCUCUUACCGUCGCAAUGAAUUUGUCCUGAUGAAGCUGCCAAAGUAUGCAUUGCCGAAGGAUCUGCAGGUCAUCAGCACGGACGAGAGCCAGGUGUUCGUGGCCGUGCAGGAGUGGUACCAGACCGACACCUACAACCUGUACCAGUCGGACACGCGCGGCGUGCGCUACUCGCUGGUGCUGGAGGACGUGCGCAGCUCACGGCAGGCGGAGGAGAACGUGGUCAUCGACAUCCUGGAGGUCCGAGGGGUGAAAGGAGUCUUCCUGGCGAACCAGAAAGUCAACGGGAAGGUGGUGACGCUCAUCACCUACAACAAGGGUCGAGACUGGGAUUAUCUGAGGCCUCCCAGCACGGACAUGAACGGGAAACCAACCAACUGCAAGCCUCCGGACUGCCACCUGCACCUGCACCUGCGCUGGGCAGACAACCCCUACGUGUCGGGUACCGUGCACACGAAGGACAGCGCACCCGGCCUCAUCAUGGGCGCAGGUAACCUGGGCUCCCAGCUGGUGGAAUAUAAAGAGGAAAUGUACAUCACGUCGGACUGCGGCCACACCUGGCGGCAGGUAUUCGAGGAGGAGCACCACAUCCUCUACCUGGACCACGGCGGCGUGAUCGUGGCCAUCAAGGACACCUCCAUCCCCCUGAAGAUCCUCAAGUUCAGCGUGGACGAGGGCCUCACCUGGAGCACGCACAACUUCACCAGCACUUCCGUGUUUGUGGAUGGGCUGCUGAGCGAGCCCGGCGACGAGACGCUGGUCAUGACUGUCUUCGGCCACAUCAGCUUCCGCUCGGACUGGGAGCUGGUCAAGGUGGACUUCCGGCCCUGGUUCUCCAGGCGGUGCGGUGAGGAUGACUACAGCUCCUGGGACCUCGCCAACCCGCAGGGUGACCGCUGUGUCAUGGGCCAGCAGAGAAGCUUCCGCAGGAGGAAGCCCGCGUCCUGGUGCGUCACAGGCCGCAGCUUCACGGCGGCGCUCACAGCACGCGUGUGCCCCUGCCGGGCCUCAGACUUCCUCUGUGACUAUGGAUUUGAGCGCGCCCCCUCCUCGGAGUCCGAUGCCAACAAGUGCUUUGCCAACUUCUGGUUUAACCCUCUGUCACCCCCUGACGACUGUGUCCUGGGCCAGACCUACACCAGCAGUCUCGGGUACCGGAAGCUGGUGUCCAACGUGUGCGAGGGCGGCGUGGACCCGCGGCAGAGCCCGGUGCGGCUGCAGUGCCCGCUCCUGCCGCCCCGGGGCCUGCAGGUCAGCAUCCGCGGCGAGGCGGUGGCCGUGCGGCCCGGCGAGGACGUCCUGUUCGUGGUGCGGCAGGAGCAGGGUGAUGUCCUGACCACCAAGUACCAGGUGGACCUGGGGGACGGCUUCAAGGCCAUGUACGUGAACCUCACAUUGACUGGGGAGCCCAUCCGACACCGCUACGAGAGCCCCGGUGUCUACCGCGUGUCCGUCAGGGCAGAGAACAUGGCGGGGCAUGACGAGGCAGUGCUGUUUGUCCAAGUCAACUCCCCCCUGCAGGCCCUCUACCUGGAAGUGGUCCCUGUCAUCGGCGUCAGCCAGGAGGUGAACCUCACAGCCGUGCUGCUGCCCCUGAACCCCAACCUCACCAUCUUCUACUGGUGGAUCGGCCACAGCCUGCAGCCCCGCCUGUCCCUGGAGAACUCUGUGACGACGCGGUUUGGGGAGCCGGGGGACGUGCGGGUAACGGUGCAGGCCGCCUGCGGGACCUCCGUGCUGCAGGACUCCAAGGUGGUCCGCGUGCUGGGCCAGUCUGAAGUGGUGCCUCUGCGGUUCUCCAGGGACCUGGACGCUCACAACCCCAACACCCCCGAGUGGAGGGAAGACGUCGGCCUCGCGGUGUCCCGGCUGCUCUCCAAGGAGACCAGCAUCCCCGAGGAGCUGAUGCUAACGGUGGUAAAGCCAGGGCUGCCCACCUUGGCCGACCUGCACGUGCUCCUGCCCCCUCCCAGGCCCACAAGGAAGAGGAGCCUCACCAGUGACAAGAGGCUCACGGCCAUCCAGCAGGUGCUGAAUGCACAGAAGAUCAGCUUCCUCCUGCGUGGCGGGGUCCGGGUCGUGGUGGCCAUGAGGGACGUGGACACUGAUUCCCCGAGCCUGGGAGGCGGAGGCGGCUACUGGGCGGUGGCAAUCCUCUUCGUCAGCGGGCUCUUCGCGGUCGGGGCCUUCAUCCUGUACAAGUUCAAAAGGAAACGCCCCGGCAGGACCGUGUAUGCCCAGAUGCACAACGAGAAGGAGCAGGAAAUGACGAGCCCCGUGAGCCACAGCCAAGGCGUGCAGAGUGCCAUCCAGGGUGAGGAGUUCAUAGAGGACGAGCUCCACCCACAGACUCUAGGGAAUCACUCGGGCGUGGUCCUGAGCGUCAGCUCCCGGGAGAUGCACAGCUACCUGGUGAGCUGA